AUGCAGUGUCUUCCUGGAGAAAUUAUCAACGCGAUCAUAGACGGAUGUCAUGCAGAUCGCCAUAUGCUCGUCUCAUGCAGCCUUGUCUCCAAAAAAUGGUUUGCAUCGAGCCGGUACCACCUCUUCUCGACCAUCGAAUUGUCUUCCAAAGACUCGAAGUCUUUCUCCGAGCUCCUCGAAUCACCCCUCUGCACCAUUAUACCCUUCUUGAAUGAAAUCUCUUUUCACGUCCAAGACGAUGCCCCGUGGAUCCUUGACCUACUCUCAGAAAGAUUUUACUUCGGCACUGUCACGACGCUCAACGUAUUUUGUUACGGCGUCGACCUCAAAGAGUCGAUCCGGAACGCCAUCUCAUCCCGUUUUUUAUCCAUUACAUACUUACGUGUUUUUGCUGCUACCUUGGCGUCACGUAGCCUUGCUCCUGACGUCCACUUCAUUUGCUCGUUCCCGCGUCUUAAGAAUGUCCUUCUUUAUGGUCACCACCAGAGCGGCUUUCACAUCGAUUCCGCCUUACGGUUGCCGCCAAACAUCCGCGCAUUGAAGCUUGACCUUCCGAGCCCGGCUUUGGACGGAAUCAUGCUGUGGCUACUUGCACACGAGAACCUUCCAACAGUUUCUUCGUUGCAUAUCUUUCGAGUGAAAGCUGAGCAUUGUGCUGCUCUGGAGCAGUAUACACAGGCUUGUCAGAACACGCUGGAAGACCUUAUGAUUCUUCUGCAUAAGCAAAGCACCGAAGACGAAGUCAAUUUCGAUUUACGCCCCAAUACAAGUCUUAAUAGCAUCUUCCUGUCAGCCAGUGGCCCGGACGCUAUUCAAGCAGCCGGGGCAGUUCUAUCUUCUCUGUCAUCGCCAUACCUGCGAGACGUCAUCUUACGUGUUCCGUACGUUCAUUUGCGGCAAGAAGGAUGGGGUGGCCUGGAUACGAUGCUGGCGUCUCGCACGCAGCCAGUCGCAUGUACGGUUGUCACGGAUGAUUCUCGAAAUUACGGUCCUGAGUUGAGGAAAAGGUUGCCAACCUUGAAUGCGUCUGGAUCACUUCGAGUCGUCGCUCAGGGCCGCUCCAAGAUUGCAGCUCAGUACUUAAACGAAGUCUACUCUCGGUUUAAGGUAAGCGCUGAGUUGACGUCAUUGUCGGGUGUCUGCAAUGUUAAAUCCUCUAUAGCCCUUAUCACAACUCAGCGUUCUUUCGUCUAG